AUGGAGACGAUUUCUAUGGACAAGUCGCUGUUCGCAAUCAUCUGCAGCCCGUUCUGUGGCAUGGCCACCCUGCUGAACAUCUUCUUUUUCUUCUGUUUGAACAUGCCUGCGGCGGGGGUGAACCUUCGCCAGCCUCUGCAGUUCUUACUGAUGGUUCAGAUCUGCAACUCCACAGUUCAGCAGUUCAUCGUCCUGAUCUCCAUCGUCCUGUCCUUUCUUUCCGCUCCGGACGGGCUGCUGGUCAUAAACGUGGCCUUGACCUUCCAGACCUACUGCUCCAACUUCGCCACGAGUGCCUGGAUCAGCAUUUUCUACUACAUGAAGAUCGUUCCACAGCACUGGGCCUUGUUCGUCUGGAUCAAGAAGAACAUUAAGGCCACAGUUUUUACUGGAUUCAUCUUCCAUCAGUUCUUGCUUCUGUCUGCGCUGACCAUGGGUGCCAUGUCCUACCUAGACCUGGCCUCGACGAGCACCAACUCAACCACCACCCAUCAGAACGCAACGGGGGUGAGCGGAGCUGUUGUUGAAAACGAGCCUCUCUUGAUUUUGGCCACCAGGGUGUUUGUGGUGUAUUUAAGUUUCCCCAUCAUCUCGCUGGUCAUUACUUGGGGAAGAACCUUCGUCUAUCUCCGGGCGCACAUCAAACGGAUGGAGGAGACCACCGGUUCAUCCUCCAGAGCUCAACAUAAGAACCAGAUGAGGGUGACCGUCAUGGGCAUGGUGCAGACCGCCUUGUUCCUCCCCAGCAGCCUGUGGGCCAUGUUUUUGGCUCUGCUGUUUGGAUCACCCCUCUAUCAAGCAGUGGACUACGACAAGCACAUCACCAUGACCUUCUCCUCCGUGUCUGGGCUAGCGAAUAUCCUCAUCAUCGCCAUGACCAUUGGGCUCGGAUUUUUCACGCCACCGGAUUGGCUUCUGAUAGUAGCCAAAUCCUUGACCUAUCAGACCUUCUGCGCCAAUUUUGCAUCAAAUGCCUGGAUUAGCAUUUUUUACUACAUGAAAAUUGUCCCGCACAAGCAUCCCAUUUCACUGUGGAUCAAGAGGAAUAUAAAGGUUUUAACGUACAGUGGGUACGUUCUGGAGCAGAUUCUACUCUCGUCUUCAAUAGCUUUGGGCAUGGUUUCGUACCUGUUGCCACCACCACAACCACCACCAGCGCAAAACCCUUCCAACUCAACAUCCGCUCGUCUAAACGGGACUAACAUAGCACCUGAAACUCUCAGCAGCUUCCUGUUCAAACAGAGCACUAAAGUGUUCCUGCUGUAUUCUGCAUUUCCCAUCUGUGCUCUGUCCAUUUCCUGGGGCAGAACCUUCAUCUACCUGCGGGGACACAUGAAGCGAAUGGAGCAGAGCACCAGCCCCUUCUCCCAGCCCCAGCAGCAGAACCAGAUGAGGGUGACCGUCAUGGGCAUAGUGCAGGCGUUGCUGUUCAUCCCCAGCAGUGUGUGGAGUCUGAUUAUAUCUAUAUUCUACUCAUCCAACGUCUACAAAAAUUUGGACGGCAACAAGCACAUCACCCUGACCAUCAGCUCCGUAUCUGGACUGGGGAAUAUCGUGUGUCUGGGAAUCUCUCAGGCUGUGUUCAGGGUCAGGGUGGCUGCAAUUCUGGACAAAAUCUGGACCAAACCGGAGCAAACCGAGCAACCUAAAACAGGACCGGAUAUUUCUGGACAUGUUGGGCAGUCUUAGACUGAUAUGAAACUGCUUUUUAUUAGGACUUCUUUUUAGGAAGUU